AUGGAGCCACCUGCGCGCAAGAAUGGGCACCAGACGCUCUCGCACUUGCUCGCUCUUGCGUACCACGUGCUGGACGAGGCCAAGCACGUGAACCUCAAGCCGCCGCUGCGCUCGAGUCUCAGUGCGUUCGCUGCUGACGUGAACGCGCCCGGGUCGCCGCCGUCCGAAGCGGAGACGGCGCAAGACGAGGCGCUCCCGGAGCUGACGAGUGGACUGGCUCUCGGGUUUGGAGGCGGUCCGAGUCACCCGGUUGUGGUGCCGUUUGCGCAGGAGGAGAUCCAAGACACGUACACGAGGAUGGCGGCGCUCAAGACGCAGUACGUGAAGCUCAGCGGGGAGCUCCUGGAAGCUGUGAAGGAGCUGGAGAAGAAGAAGAGCGGGGGGGUCCGGGACAAGGACGAGGAGGCGGUGGUGGCUGCACUUGUGACCAGGAGGGAUCGAUUGCGCAAGGAGGUUUAUGAGCGGAAUGUGGUGAUGAAGGGGCUGAUUGAUCGACUGCGUCAUCUGCAGCACUCAAUCAGGCUGAUGCAGGGUGGCAGUGCGUACCCACCUCGCGUCGUCAUGGAGAGUGUUUGA